AUGAUUCUGCGAUUAUUGAGUUUGCUGAGCUUUGGACUUCUACUUACAAAUGUGCUCUCACAAGCGGGAUGCGCUAGACGGGUUGUGGGAUAUAUCACGAGUUGGGGUGAUGUCCCAUUCACCGAUCAGCAAGCUCGUCUACUUACCCAUUUGGUGUUCGCCUUUUUUGCAAUGGAUGCUGACGGUGCAUUGACACUUUCAAACAAGGCACAGCAACGACUAAAUGGAAUACUUGAGGUAGCUCGUCGACACCCACACUUAAAAGUGCAAUUCGCCGUGGGUGGCUGGGAGAACUCGCAAUAUUUCUCGAAAAUCGCCUCCACUCAAUCGGGAAGAGCAAAUCUGAACGUGAACAUACGGAAAGUGAUCGAAAACUUCAAAUUCGAUGGAGUGGAUUUGGAUUGGGAAUACCCGGUGACUGGCGGAGCGGUUGAAGGCGAAGAGAUCGAUCGUCAAAACUAUGUGCAAUUGAUGGCAGAGCUGAAGCAAGAGCUCAAAGUCCUGCAAGAGUCCCAACAACGAGCUGAUUCUUAUCUCAUUUCAUUUGCCGGAGCUGCUGGUUAUUGGGUGCUGAAACCGGGUUUCGAUCUUCGUGGUCUCCUUGAAAAUGCGGAUUUCGUAAAUGUGAUGUCCUAUGAUUAUUUCGGUGCAUGGCAGAGUAAAUGGGGUGCAUUCACCGGCCCGCCAGCUCCACUCCAUUUCGCGAUGCCAAAGAAAUUCUCUGGCAAGAUGAAUGUGCACGCGACGAUCAAAUACUACGCUUGUCAGCUGAAAGACACUUAUAAGAUAAAUAUGGGUGUCCCAUUCUAUGGUCGUUUUUGGCACAAUGUUGGCGAAGCUGUUGCACCCGGUGAUGACAUGUGGAGAACGGCGAAACCGAUUGAAGGAGAUAACAAAUUUGAGGGUGGUGAUGUGCAAUGGCGUCAAAUUGGUGGCCGUUUCGAGAUGUCGCGUACUCGUUUCCAUGAAGGAUCGAAGACUCCUUUCAUUUGGAUGCCUGAGAAUGCGACUUUUGUCGGAUACGAGGAUGCGAAUAGUUUAUCUUAUAAGGAACAUGCUGGGAUGUGUGGCCGCUCGGCUCCUCUCUACAAUGAUUAUUAUCCAGUGUGCGAUCCGGAUGAUCCAGGACACGCUUGCUGUGGGAAAUACGGUUAUUGUGGGUCGGGACCUGAGUUCUGCGGCUGUGCAAGUUGUGUCGAUUAUGGAGCCGAUCCGUCGUUGAUCCUCAAAGAACCGAUUCGGCCAGAGAGAAAAGUGACUUGGUAUACGCUUGCAUCCGGCGAGGGUCGACGUGGUCGUUGUGGCCCAAUGGCUCCACAUUUGGAUGGAGGACCGGCCACUUGCAAUCCGGAUGAUCCAAGUGCUAAAUGUUGCUCAAAUGGGGGUUACUGUGGAUCAACAAAGGAACACUGUGAGUGCCAGGGUUGCGUCGAUUUCUCGAAAACCCCUGACUAUCACUGGAAACCGGUUCAGUGGUGGACGUUCGCCGAGAACUCGAAUCACAUUGGCAAGUGUGGCCCCGGUGCUCCAGUUUUGCCGAGUGGCAAGACUCCAAAAUGUGAUCCGGACUCAAAUGCGCCAUGUUGCAGUCAAUCAGGCUACUGUGGCAACGGUGCUCUAUACUGUGAAUGCCAAGGAUGUGUCGAUUUCAAGAAAACCCCGAACUGGGAAUGGAGGCGCCAAGUGGUGACCGUGGUCUCGAGUUCACCGUCACCAAAUGCACCAUAUGGA